GUCUAUUAUAAGCAGAAGGUUUUUCUGUAUUGUUGGCACGCUAUACCUGUAUCGGUGUAUCACGAUGUACGUAACGACGCUCCCAGUACCUGGCAUGCAUUUCAACUGCUCUCCAAAGCUUUUUGGAGACUGGGAAUCUCACAUGCGCAGGAUCAUGAAGCUGCUCGCCGGCGGAGGGCUGUCCAUCACGGGAUCCCACAACAUGUGCGGUGACUACCUGUACAGCGGUCACACCGUCAUAUUAACACUCACGUACUUGUUUAUCAAAGAGUAUUCCCCCCGGCGCCUCUGGUGGUAUCACUGGCUUUGCUGGACGCUCAGCAUGGUUGGGAUGUUCUGCAUCCUCCUCGCUCAUGACCACUACACUGUGGACGUGGUGGUGGCUUACUACAUCACUACACGACUCUUCUGGUGGUAUCACACCAUGGCCAACCAGCAAGUGCUAAAAGAAGCUUCCCAAACUAACCUCCUGGCACGGGUCUGGUGGUACAAGCCCUUCCAGUACUUUGAGAAGAACAUCCAAGGAAUCGUACCUCGCUCCUACCACUGGCCCUUCCCCUGGCCCGCGCUCCACCGGGGGCGGCAGGUUAAGUACAGCAGACUGGUGAACGACACAUAACAGCGUGUCGGGAAGACAGCAGGUCAGGCGGGGCAGAAAGGACCCGUCCCAAGUGCUAAAAACUCCACACGAGAAGAUGCCAUAAAAAGAAAAACAAAAAACCACAGCAAACCCGGCUCCCUAACCCUUUCUUUUAACAGUUACCCUGACUUUACCCUAUUCAGUUACCUGGUAAGCACUGUGAUCUUUUUUUUCUCUCCAAAGGAUCUGCGUUGGACAACAAUAAAGCAAAUUUAACUUAUCAUGCACUGUUAUAGAUUUCUUGUUAAUAGAUUUGGGAUUUGCAUUACCCAUCACCGUGUUCCUUUGUAUAUGAUGCGACAGCGUAGAUGAAAGCUUUUAUAUCAUAAGUUCUGGUCUUUCCAGUCACAUCUGGGAAUAAAGCAUAUUAUUUUCUUGGGAAAACAUACUUUUCAUAUCUCUUGCCCCAAAGAUUGGGCUGUAAGCCAUUUUCUAGCAAAUGACUCUAUGAAGGUUUCUAAAUUACCUGUCUUGGGUAAAAAUUGAGAAAUCUUUCUACCUGUUGCACCGAGGCAAAUAUAAGAUGAUAGACACAGGAAGGUUUGGUAAAUUCGAUUUUGUAGAAGCUGCAGUGACUGUGUCCAAAAAAAAAAAAAAAAAAAAGUAAAGUGAUUUUCUAAGUAUUUCCUAACUUUAUUUUUCAAAAUGUGUAUGAAGAUUAAAUUUAAAAAGAUUUUUACAUGUCAGAGAAUAGAGAGUUAAAAUUUAAAAACAAAAAAUGCUUCUUGGGAGAGAGAGAGAUUUGUCUAUGUUUCUAGUGCCUUUCUUGUCUUGAUUGUACGGUCAGUAGGCAGUCUUAAAUGUUUUUAUUUAAAAUAAAGUAUUCCAUAAAAGCAGAGUAUAUAUACUGUAUAAUUACUAAUUUUUUUUUGCGUUUAUAGCUAAAUUAAACUGGAAAUUUGCUUUUAAGGUUGAAAUUGCCAUGCGUAGGGAAAAACCAAAUGGAAAGGGUCCGAUCUUGUUCACACAUUGUGGGCAGGUCAUAUUAAAAGAUAUCACUUUAUUGUCUACUUGGUAGCUGUAUUUAAAAAAAAAAGAAAAAAAAAAGAAAAAACAGCCAUGAAUUCCUGUUUUUUAAGAAUUUUACAAAUGAUCACUGAGUGAACCACGAAUGGUCUCUCCAGUACUGAAAUGUUGUUGCAAAACAACAAAGAUAAUCUAUUUCUUUAAAAUAUUUGUGCAGAAACUGCAUGUAAUUAUAAGUUUUACUCCUACCAUACAUACUGUAUGUCUGGAGAAGUAUUCUAUGCUACGUGCAGAACAUGCCAAUGUGCAGAACAAAAUAGAUUUUUUUAAGAAUGAAGAAGAAGAAAUAUAUAUAUAAAUAUAUAUAUAUCCAGUCUGUAUUUUACGUGAAGCAGAGUUAUCUUCUGUAGGGUUUUUGUGUAUUCACAAGGUGAUAUUUGUAUUGUAAAACAAAAAAUGGUGAAGGAAAAUAAAAAGGCUUUU